AUGAAUGGCACUGAUAUGGGUUACACACUACCGCUUCUUAAUGCAUUUAUAUCGACUGUGGAUCAUUUACCUUGUGAUUUAAUCCGAUCUCUUUGGUUUAUUCAAACUUGUAACACUGAAGCGGAAAAACUUCACCAGAAGCUCAAAGAAAAACAACAAGCAAGCAAACUUGAACCUCAGUCGUUAGUUGAACUUCGAGAGAGGAUUAUACAACUCCAACAGGAAGCCAUAGCAGAGACAGAAUCUAUAUAUAAUCAGUUGUUUGUUCAGAAGCACUUUUUACAAAUUGAGAAAUGUCAACUAGAGAGAAUAAAUGUUACGCGAACACAACAAGAGAUCGAUAGAAGACUUCAACUUAGAGAAGCAUUAGAGAAGCAUUAUGCUGAAAAUCCAUUGAAAUCUCAAGUGGAAGCUUUGAAGGAGCAACAAUCAAGAGGAAAGGUGAAAGAUUAUAGUUUGAAAAGGGAGGUAAUGCCCUUUAAAGAGGGAAAGGAUGAUAAAACAAAGUUGAAGUUGAUAUUGAAAUUACCCCCUAAGAGUCGUGAUCGGCCGCCAAAACCUGCAAAAGCACUCAAAUUAACUAUAUUAAAGGAUGGCAAGGUCAGAGUUCAAAAGAAGCAUUCAAAGCCGUCUACUUCACCUUCUCGGAAGCCUUCUAAAGCGAUUUCCACAUUACUGCCAAAGAGGAAACCAGAAGAAAAAAAUGAAGAGGAGGAGGAAGAAAGGAAGCCGGCCGAGUUUGAUGUGGCCAUAGACGAAGAAGUUUAUUGUAUCUGCAGGCAGCCAUCGUUUGGAAAUAUGAUAGCUUGUGACAAUAAGGAAUGCCCCAAUGGAGAAUGGUUUCAUUAUAAGUGUGUUGGAUUAUUGAAUAGAGUUGAAGCACUUCAAUAUUCCAAAGGGCGGAAACGAUGGUAUUGCAGUCAAGAGUGUCGAGAGUCUGUCAACCAAAGAAUUCAAAGUAAAAGGCUUCUGGGCAAUAAAAGAAGAAAAAAGAAAGGUAGUCAUAAGUGGUCCAAAUAA